AUGGGGAAAAUGAAGUACGAUAUCCAAGAGCUGGCUCAGGAUCAGCGAGUUCUGAAAGGUCAGCGGUAUCAAAAAUUUGUUUACUACGCGGCCCAAACGGGAAUAUGGAUCGGCCAUCUGUAUUUCACUUUGCGCUUACUUUCGGUCCUGUGUAGUCCAUCAUGGACCUGGCCGGUAUGGACAUUACUUUUAGUUGAAGGAGUAUUUUGGCGUGAGUUUCCUUGCUUCAACACAUUGACAGACAAUUCAUCUGAACUUAUCAUAGAUUUGUCUCGAAAAGAGCAGCUCCGGGCUGUUGCCGCAGGAAAUGUUCCGCAUGAUGGUCCUCGCAAAAGACUCAGACUCAUGAGCAAUAUUGACCUGCCUCGUGUGGAUGUUUUACUGCCCUGCUGUGGUGAGGAGGUUGGUGUGAUCAUGGAUACUGUGCACGCAGCUUGUAACCUUGACUAUCCGAUCUCUCAAUUCCGAGUUCUGGUACUUGAUGACGGCGGUUCAAACAUACUCGAGAAAGCUGUGAGCGAAACGCGAUCGCAAUGGCCACAGCUCUCAUAUCACUCCCGCGGCAGACAGUCUGGCCAAGUAUUUGCCAAAUCCGGGAACCUGAACUACGCCCUGAGCACAUUGCAACAAGAGUACCAGCCAGAGUUCUGCGCCGUGCUGGAUGCUGACUCUAUCCCAGAGCCGCAAUUUCUCCGCGCGACACUCCCUCAUCUACUUUUGAGCCCGGAGUCGGCCUUAGUCUCUACACGGCAGUAUUUCUCGAACCUGCCAAAGGGGGACCCGCUUUCCCAGACUCGCAGCCAUUUCUACACGUGCCAGAAUGCCGAUCUGGAUGUUCUCGGUCGUGCUAUUGACGCAGGGUCCGGGGCAGUGUUCAGAAGAAAAGCGAUCAUGGACGUAGGCAUGUAUCCGACCUACUCCUUCUCUGAGGAUUGGCAGUUGUCCCAGAUACUGCAUGGCAUGGGGUACCGUACUAUACAAGUACAGGAACCCCUUCAAUUUGGUCUUGUUCCGACGUCUCUUAGUGGCCAUGCUGCUCAAAGAAAGCGAUGGAAUAUCGGGCACGCCCAGCAAGUUCCAGCUAUGCUCUCAGUUGGCAGCAAUAAGUUCUCUGGACUUCUUCGAUUUAAUAUCGCGUUGGAUGGAGCGGGCAUCAUCUUUGGAGAGAUAUGCUGUCUCUUUGGGUUUGCUGCUGUUCCUUUCCUGUUGGUCGUCGGUCAGCAAAUUCCUGGCCCUUUUCCAGCAUUGAUCCAGCUUCAAUUUGUCCUGGCUCUCGGCCAUGUCGCCUCGAUGUGGAUAUACGAGUAUCUGCAGGCUGUAGCUACCGGGUUCCAAAGUGCACCAUUCGCUCACUUGGAAAACAAGUGGCUUGCUAGUGAGAGUAUUUGGGGUGUCAUACGCUUUUAUUUACUGUCAAGCAAACCAAAGGGAUCGUUCGUUACUGGAAGCAGUGUCAAUUCUUGGAAUCGUAUCACAACCAUGUCUUUGGUCACGAAGCUCCGUCGAGACUUAUGGGACAAUGGCGUGUUCUACAACGUGAUUAUACUUCUUGCUACCCUAUGGGCAAUCUUCCACUCGCUUUCUACCGCCAUAUCCAUGCAUCAUGACGGCUUGGUCGAAUACUUGCUUACUACAAUUGCCUGGCCCCCAUUGCUGCAUGCAUGCUAUUUGUCUCUAAAAAGCCAUUGGGUGCCAGUGUCAUAUAUGCUUAACCCUCCACAUUAUCCUGACCGUAAGUCUCAGACUCACCGAUCUGAAAAGGUGUCGAAUUCCGAAGCCGUGGAUGAGGUCGAGUCGCGAUUGCGGCAAGGGAUGAGAAGUGUCAGUCGAGAUAUGCUUCAUUUGAGCCACAAAAUUAACGUUAGGGAUGAUGCUGAAUCCUAG